CCUAAAUGACCAGGUGGACAUCCGCUGUUGAAGCGCAUGGUGGUGACCAGAGAUAGGAAGAUGUGUGACGUCACAGUAGACUCUGUAUAAAAAGGGUUGAUCUGGAUCAGGUUUUCUGAAAAUAAACAACAUGAAAUCUGUACUCCUGCUUGCGUUGCUGCUGUGCACGGUGUGUGUGGCGCAUGUUCAGACGCAGGACAACAAAAACACACUGAGGCUGUGUGGCCGGGCGUUAAUGCGGGCAGUGGUGUACACCUGCGGAGGAUCCAGGUGGAGAAGAGUGACGGGGGGAGAGGAGACUUUGCAAGACGGUGAGUGAACAAUUGGUUUAUGUCUGUUUGCAGGUCGCAGAGAGCCAGAACUGAAGAGGACAGAUAAUGACCGUCAGUGGCGGGACCUAAACCAGGCGCUAAUAACAGUGUGCUGCCAAGUAGGCUGUCGAAAGAGUGACCUCUCCAUGCUCUGCUAGAGGACAACAUCCCCAAAAUCAUCAACACAUUGAAAUAAAAUCUUCAGAACAUAAUGUAAUUUCACU